AUGGUUCCACCAUCGACGGGCUCCAUCGACUUUGCUCCUCCGCUACGGCUACCGUGGGAUGAUUAUGACCCACCGGGGUAUGAAUCACCGCCGAUACGUACCUGGUAUCCGCCACCGCCGCCGUCUUCAGAUUCAGAUAAUGGAUGGGUACUCGCGGUAUUGCUCGUCUUCGUCUUCGUAGUCUGCAUGAUCGGAGUCGUUUUAAAGGUUUACCGCAGCAAGCAAGCUCACACCGAGGCAGCGGCAGAAGCAGCCGCUGCCGCUGCCGCUCGAACUCGAGAGUUGCCGUGGCCGCGGCAGUUGCCGGGGCUAGAAUCCCUCUGGCAACAUGAUGAGGUGCAGCUGCCGAGAACCCGUGCUACCAACCCGGGGGCCCGCGCUACAAACCCGACGGCCCGCCUCCCGGCGUUCACGUACAACCGGUCCGUGAAGCACAACGUGACGGGUGGAGGAGAGGAAGUGGCGACGUGCUCCGUGUGCCUCGGCGUGUUCCAGCUAGGUGAGACGGUGCGGCUGUUGCCGGCGUGCAUGCACCUGUACCACGUGGAGUGCAUCGACCCGUGGCUGGACGCGCACUCGACGUGCCCGAUCUGCCGCUCGGACGCCGACCCGACGAUGAACGACGCUCGCCCACCUCCCGUUUAA